CGACUCGGUACCGUUGCUGUGUUCGUUCCCCUCCCGACGCUUCCCCAUCUCGCCUCCACUACCGGCAUCUGUGUCCCCUCUCGGGCCGGAGCAGAGGGGGGGGGGGGGUCCAGCUCGGGGCGACACGGCGAGGACCGACCAGCAUGGACCCCCAAGCGAAGGACCGCACUGGCGCGGAGACGGGCGGCUUCGGCGGGCGCUUGGCGUCUCUGGGAGCCGACGGCGGCGACUCGGAGUCCGGAGCCGGCUCGGAGGACGCUGCGGUGGGCUGCUGCAGCGACACGUUCAGCAGCCUGCCGGACAUGGAGCAGGACACGCUGGAGGAGAAACUACGGGGACUGGCGUUCAGGAAGCAGACGUCGUAUCGGAAAGCGAUCUCCCGUUCAGGCCUCCAGCACCUCGGACCUCCCCAGCCCUCCCUGCCACCUGCGUCCAACGGCCCCAACAAAGAUCUGCGCACCGGCGUGGACUGGACGGAGAACGCUGUGAAUGGGGAUCAUGUAUGGAUGGAGACGAGCUGCUCGGGAGAGCUCUGUUAUCUCGGAGAGGACGCCUGCCUGCUGAAGACCGCAAAGUCGGCCCCCAGGAGGAAAUGUGCAGCCUGUAAGAUCGUUGUACACACCGGCUGCAUAGAGCAACUAGAAAAGAUUAACUUCCGAUGUAAGCCAACCUUUAGAGAGGGGGGGUCUCGGUGCCUCAGAGAUCAGAACAUACUGAGACAUCACUGGGUCCACAGAAGAAGACAGGAGGGGAAAUGCAGACAGUGUGGAAAGAGUUUUCAGCAGAAGUUUUUCCACAGUAAAGAAAUCAUUGCCAUCAGUUGUUCCUGGUGUAAACAGGCUUUCCACAACAAGGUGACGUGUUUCAUGCUGCACCAAAUUGAGGAGCCGUGUUCACUGGGGGCCCACGCUGGAGUCAUAGUCCCUCCCUCCUGGAUCAUCAAAGUCAGGAAACCACAGAGCUCGCUUAAGAACUCUGCCAGGAGAAAAAAGCGGACAUCUUUCAAACGAAGGGCAAGCAAAAAGGGACUAGAUGAGUCCAAGUGGCGUCCGUUCAUGUUGAAGCCUCUCCCAUCUCCUCUCAUGAAGCCCAUCUUGGUUUUUGUAAAUCCCAAGAGUGGGGGCAACCAGGGUGCCAAGGUCUUACAGAUGUUCAUGUGGAUUCUGAACCCUCGACAAGUCUUUGACCUGUCACAAGGCGGCCUGCGAGAGGCGUUGGAAUUGUAUCGUAAGGUGCCAAAUCUGAGGAUCCUGGCCUGUGGAGGGGACGGCACGGUGGGGUGGAUCCUGUCCACUCUAGAUGAGCUGCAGAUGAACCCCCAGCCUCCGGUCGCUGUGCUUCCUUUAGGAACGGGAAAUGACCUUGCCAGGACGCUCAACUGGGGUGGGGGUUACACAGACGAGCCAGUGUCCAAGGUUCUGUGUCAUGUGGAGGACGGUUCUGUUGUGCAGCUGGACCGGUGGAACCUGCUGGUAGAGAAGAGUUCGGCCCAGCCAGAGGAGGGCACGCAGAAGCUGCCUCUGAACGUGUUCAACAACUACUUCAGCCUCGGCUUCGACGCUCACGUCACCCUGGAGUUCCACGAGUCAAGAGAGGCCAACCCAGAAAAGUUCAACAGUCGUUUCCGCAACAAGAUGUUCUAUGCAGGAGCUGCAUUCUCAGAUUUCCUCCAGAGGAGCUCCAGGGACUUAUCCAAGCACGUCAGAGUGGUGUGUGAUGGAACUGAUCUGACACCCAAGAUCCAAGAGCUUAAAUUCCAGUGCAUUGUGUUUCUCAACAUUCCCAGGUACUGUGCCGGCACCAUGCCGUGGGGAAACACGGGCGACCACCGGGACUUCGAGCCGCAGCGGCACGACGACGGCUGCAUCGAGGUCAUCGGCUUCACCAUGGCCUCGCUGGCGGCGCUACAGGUCGGCGGGCACGGAGAGCGACUCCACCAGUGCAGGGAAGUGGUUCUCACAACCUUCAAGACUGUACCUGUGCAGGUGGACGGCGAGCCCUGUCGACUGGCGCCCUCCACUCUCCGCAUCUCCCUUCGAAAUCAGGCCAACAUGGUCCAGAAGAGCAAGAGACGCACCUCAGUGCCCCUGCUCAACGAUAUUCAGAAGGUGUGUGCAGCUGAUCUGCGCCGCCUCUCUGCUCCCCCCGACUCCUUCUCUGUUCCUCAUGCAGUUCCCGAUCGCCUGCGUCUUCGGGUGAAUCGGAUCAGCCUCCAGGAGUACGACAGGCUGCAGUACGACAAAGAGCGGCUACGUGACAUCUCCAUCCCUGUAGGUAUUGUGGUGGUGAGAGGAGACUGUGACCUGGAGACGUGCAGACUCUAUAUCGAUAGACUUCAGGAGGACUUACACCAGGCGCCACCUACUGGCCACAGAGUGCACUAUCAGGAUGAAAAUAGAGGCAUCCCCAGGACCAGUUCAUCCAGCAGACUCUCCCCCAACUGGAGCUUCUUAGAUUCCACAUCAGCUGAUCGAUUUUAUCGCAUUGACAAAGCUCAAGAGCACCUUCACUUUGUAACAGAGAUUUGUCAAGACGAGUUGUUUAUCCUGGAUCACGAGGUACCUGUGGCGAGCCAGGGACCGUCCACGGGCAUGCCCGACCUUGUGGUGGAACCCACUGCUGGGGUUCCCUUGACUUCUGAUGAGCAAGAAGACAGUUGGACAGUUAUCUCACGUACCUGCGUUUUUCCAGCUCUGCUGACAGCUGCCAGAUCUGGAGACGUUUCCAUGCUCUCGGAGUGCGUCCGUCAAGGCGUCAGCUUGGUGGUUCGAGACUCAGGAGGCUGCUCAGCGUUACACAUAGCGGCGCAGAACGGACACACAGACGUGGUCAGCUUCAUUCUGCAACAGGGUUCCAAGGUUCUUCUGGAUCUCACAGACAGAGAGAAAGGGGACACCGCCUUGCACAAAGCGGCCUCAGAGAAGCAGCAUGCAGUGUGUCGAUUGCUCGUGGAGGCGGGAGCGUCGCUCGAGAAGACCAACUUCCAGGGAAAGACACCGGCGGACCAAGCGGACGGGGACUCUGAGCUCGCCACCUACCUGAGCGCCCACCCAACGUCUUCUGCCCCCCGCGAGGACCUGGAGACGGCCGUCUGAGGCCCAAACACACCGACACAACGCUCCGUCUGUGGACGCUCAGAGUGGAGAGUGUCUCUACAGGUGGAGAUACAGCAGACAAAGCGAUGGACUGCUUCAGCUCGCAGCAGCAGCAGCACAGUGGAGAUUCUCACACUCAUCUAUUUAUUUAUAUUUAUUUAUUCAUAUUCUAUUUAUUGGUUGUGCUGACUGACUGACUGACUGAUUGAUUGAUUGUAUUAAGAGUUCAGGAUGCAAGUGCACUUUGAGCAGCCGUCACAAGUCGCGCGUUCACAUCUUCAGGAGAACGAACUCAUCAAAACACGUUUGUUGUCCUGUGUAGUAUUAGUUGUUUUCUGAAUCAUAUUUUAACAAAAGCGAUGUUGUGGGUUUAUUCAGCACAUCUUUACAGUGGUGGAGUGUGUGUGGCUAAGCACUGAGAACGGACAGCAUUUCAGAGCGGAUAUAAACAUUAACUUGUGCCAAAGUUGUCGAACUACACCAGAAACAGAGGAACCAAUCAGAGCAAACACACAGGAAUGGUCCCUGACAUUUUCUCCACAGUAAGUUAGUAGUCAGUCAGUGAUGGGACCAGCACGAUAGAUCCAUGUGAGACAAGUGAAAAGCAGCAGGACUUUACUGUAACUACUGAGAUAUUUAUUUAAUUCCUCCACACUUUAGUGGUGAUGUGCCAAACAAGAAUUGAGUGCUUUCCUACACUUUAUAAAAGGUUUCUGACCAAAUCAUUUAAUAUUUCCAGAUGUUUUAUUUAGUCAAACGGCAGAGUGAUGGACGGUUGAACGAGCAGCUGUUGAUUGUGGACACUUCUGAGCAUAAUCACUUGCAGCUGCACUUUUCCCAGCGGGAUCGUGGGUCUCUGGUACUUCUGACGUGGCUUUUCACCUGCAGGUCGUGUUUGUGCGAUGGUUUGUCUCAUUCCAUAUCAGAUCGGGGUGUACAGCUGCUGCUGUACAUAACGACGCACUGUGUUGUGUUAUAGUGGUCAUGCGUGUGUGUGUGUGUGAGUGUGUGUGUGUGCUGCAGCAUUUAUCAAAGAAGAAAGUAAUAUCUGAGCCAUAUUCAAUGCAAUAUGAAUAGAUGUCGUUUUGCAUUUCUCUCUUAAUCGUUUACAUUACAUUAAUGUUUUGACACUGUCGACCAUUUGUCACCGAGGAGUAUUGAAUGUGCAACUUGACUUCUGUGCUUUUUUCUUUUGUGUGCAUGUGUGUCACUGUAUCGACCUUUCCAGCCACCGUGUGAGGUCUUCUGUAACCUAUAAACUAAGGUCAUGUAUACAGUGGGAGCGUUUAUGGGAACGUUUUAGCUGCUGCUGUACAACAAUUUCCAGUAUUACUCUCAAAAGUGUUUUUUUAACACGUUGGUCGGGGGGUUGAUUCUUUUAUGGUUAAAAAGGAUACAAGAAUCUAUUUAGUAUUACACAACCAACUCCUAGAAAUCCAGAAAGAUUUUGGUCAAACUGCAGUUUUCGAAGUACACAAUUAAUCUUCAAGGACGUUUUUCAGCAUUUCUAAGUGUAUUUUCCUACAGUAACACAAAACACUCUGAUAAAAUAGGUCUAAUAUAUGACAACAUCUGCUAAGCUCCUGCAGACGGAUGUGUCUGCUAGGUUUUGCUCUGGGUAAUUUUACUUUUUAAAAACAUAAACACUGUUUUUCUAAGCUGCCAAAACGGUCUCACAAAUAUGAGGAUCAGUCUCAUCAUCUGAAAUCAAACUGGACACAUGAUCCAACGACGUUUUCUAUGAAGUGACUGAUGAGCUGGGCCCGUUCUGAAUGACACACGCUUUGACUCGGUAGAAACGUGUAUUAACUUGUGUCUCUCAUCAGCGUUGGUUAUGCAUGGCAUUUUCUGACCUCCUUGGGAUUCUUUUCUGGUAAUGGCAUAAAAAUGGCAUUAUUGUUGUUAAAACUAUUAAAUUAUAGUUUUAAAUUAUUCA